UGGAUGUUUAAAGUCUGAUCUGACAGACUCGAACAGAACCGUCUCUGUAAACCGCACUAAGUUAUGAGACCAAAAAUGACACGCUAUUAUGAUCAGUUUAACGCAAGUGGAAUAUGACACAACAGCUGCGGAGCUGGAAGUUAAGGUAUCGGCGAAAAGAAGCAUUUGGACUUUAAAGGCGAGGUGUAAUUUUCCCGUGAAGUUAUACACUUUAAGCAGAUCUCAGUGACGGCUCCCCUCUUCAACCUGAACAUUAUGAUCUAGUCCUGCUGUGAGGGCACAACAAUGGCAUCCAUGCUUGCCAGUGGCAACCAAGGUGACCAGUCACUGGUCCUGAAAGGUGUGGACCCUGAAACUUGCAUGAUCGUGUUCAAGAACCACUGGGCGCAGGUGGUGAAGAUUCUAGAGAAGCAUGAACCCUUACACAGUAAUGCGGGCAGCCUGGGAAGAGGUCACAGUCUUGGUGGAGGCGGGGUACUGGGCGGCCUCCGUUUCGGCCCGAUCCCUGGUGAUGAGGCCAGCGCCGUGCAGAACUACGUAGAGCACAUGCUCUUCCUCCUGAUGGAAGAGGAGUGUGGUCAAAGUGGAGCCAUGGGGCCCAUACUGGAGUUUGUGGUGAUGGAGAACGUGUUGGAGAGACUGUUUAUCUGGAGCCUGAGGAGACAAUUCACUGACGAUAUGAAAUUAGAGCAGCUGAAGAUGUACGAGAUGUUGAUUGGACAAGCCAGGCAGCCAUUGCUUCACCAUAAACCUGUACUCAGGCCCUUGAUGAUGCUUCUGUCAUCCUGCUCUGGCUCCCCGUCUGGUCCGAGCUCCUUCGCUGUGGAUGCAGAACUGGUGCUGCUCCUGAAUCAACUGUGCUGUGUCCUGGCUAAAGACCCGUCUGUCCUGGAGCUGUUUUUCCAUACGAGCGAGGACCAAGGAGCAGCUAACUUCCUCAUCUUCUCCCUGCUUAUUCCUUUCAUACACCGAGAAGGGUCAGUUGGACAGCAGGCCAGAGACGCACUCCUGCUCAUCAUGGCUCUCUCUGCUGAGAACCAUGUUGUGGCCAAACACAUUGCAGAGAACACCUACUUCUGUCCGGUUUUGGCCACAGGUCUGAGUGGACUCUACUCCUCCUUGCCUACUAAGCUGGAUGUCCCUGGUGAGGACUGGCACUGUCUGCACCGUGAGGACUGGCAGGAGCUGCCUGCUCUUGUGCAGUUUCUGAACUCCCUGGAGUUCUGCAAUGCAGUCAUACAGGUGGCCAAUACUUCUAUCAGAGACCAGCUGGUGAGCUACAUCCACAAUGGUUUUCUGGUACCGGUUCUAGCACCAGCAUUACACAAGUUAACACUUGAAGAGGUGAUGACCACAACAGCAUACCUGGACUUGUUCAUUCGAAGUGUGUCUGAACCUGCCCUGCUACACACUUUCCUCAGCUUCAUCCUCCUCCAUCGCCAUGAUAACGUACACAUUUUGGACACACUAGUUAGCCGCAUCAAUACUCCCUUUCAGCUUGGCACUGUAUCACUGGCUUUGUUCCGCACUCUCAUUGGCUUGUACUGUGAGGAUGUCAUGCUCCAGUUGAUUUUCAAGUACCUGAUCCCUUGUAACCACGUGAUGUUGAGCCAGCGCAGAAUCCUGAGAGAGAGAGAUUGUUAUUCUCUAUCAGCUGCUAAGUUUUUAGCCCUUACACCCUCCUGCUGUUCUCCUGAGAUCAUCCCUCCUCCACUCAGACAGCUGGACUCCAUCCUGUGGUCAAAAGGCACUGAUGAUGCUCAUACUGGAACUAUGGAAUCAGAGGAGGUCCUCUCAGAUGAGGAUGACUGUGGUCACUCCUGUGUCAUUGGCUCCGAGAUCUACCUGGAUGUCAGUUACCUGCACUACCUGUAUGAUGCUCGAAACAGCAUUAAGAACUGCACACGAGCAUGCCGUGUGUGGUCGGCCCCUUACGAUGGCGAAAACCCCCCUCCAGAAGAGUACCAGCCCAGUACCCUGGAGGAGGCAGGUAGAACUCGCCCAUCAAUUACCAGCAGGAAAACGCAUCCCCAAAAUAAGAUGCAUCACUCUGGUCCACCCCACAGAGCUACUGCUCCUGGAUUGUUGGAGCUGGAGUGGGAUGAUAGUUAUGAUGCUUGUCCAACACAAACCCAAUCAGAGGGAAAUCUCGAGGCUAAUCCCAUCCCGGAAGAGCCCCCAAAACACAUCCAAGAACUGCAGAGAUCUGCUAUUAUGCUUGUAAAGGGCUCUUACAUUGAAGAGUCUGAGUUCCAUAAUGAUGUUAUGGUCUAUGACCUGGUUGCUCAGAAGGAUGUCAAUGACUCUGUUAACAGCUGUCAUGCCCCACUCAAACUUACUGAAGAAUCAAAGCUGGAGGAGUCAGGUGAACCAAUAGCUUAUCAAAAGACUCCAAAUUCAGACUCCUCAAUGAGCAAUGGCUUGAGCCCCCCUUUGGACCACACAGAGAGUAAAAAGAGAGGGGGGGUUCAUGCACAAUCAGACCAUAAGUCUGUAGCCCCAGAUGGAGAGGACCUCAUGGCCCAGUAUGAGGAGCUGCUAAGGACUCUGGGUACACAGUCCAGUAGUCUAUUAAAAGCAUACCGCGAACCCAGUAGUCCAACAGACCUCAUGGAGGAUGAGGAAGAUGAGGUAGACUUUAACUCUUUCUCACCAGAGACACCAGAGGCAGAAAAGAUGCCGUCUCCUCUUGGGACCAAACCGUGCAGUGGGAGUAGGGGUCAUGCUGUGCCCUUUACAGGGCCAUUUGUAAGUGUGUUGCUGUCCCGUCUAGAAAACAUGUUAAAUAACUCUCUCCAAGUGAACCUACUUCUGACUGGCAUCCUGGCCCAGUUAUCUGCUUACCCUCAACCCCUGCUGUGCUCCUUCCUCCUAAACUCUAACAUGGUGUUCCAGCCCAGUGUUCGCUCACUCUACCAGGUCCUGGCCUCAUUAAAGUAUCAGAUUGAGAAGUUGUCAGCAACCCAGAAAGACUUCCCUGAGCUACUAACAGCUGCUCAGCACUGCUUGUUGGCCAGAGAGAGUUCAUUGAGAGAUCAAGACUCUGUCAGUCCACAAAUUGGAGAUCACCUCUAUGGUUAUGAAGCAGACAGAACCAAGAAGAACCCAGCUAUCCAACCCAAAACUGUGGUUUCCACAAACAGAACUGAGGUAUAUGCCACGGUUCUUUUCACAGAGUUUCUUAAAGAACUGGCAGCCAUUGCACAAGAACACUCCAUACUUUCUCAUCUUUCCAUAGAGGAAUAGCCUUUCCACUAAAUAUGAAAUUGUCAUUAAUGGUUCCAAGAAACUUCUGAAACAUUUUGAAUGAACGGUAGUUUUUAUUGAAAUAACUAUUUUGCCAAUACGAUACCUCUACUUUUUUUUUUAUUUUGAUUGUCGAUGGGCCGUUCUUAUCAGCAUAUACAUUUUUCUCAAGUGUUGUGAACAGUUCUUGUUGAUCAAUGUCACCUGCCAGAAAGUAGUCACUUAAUUUGCCUUUACUCCGCAAUGAAGACACAAAAUGCUGGUCAAAAAUAUCGAACUGAAACUCCAGGCCAAAACCAAAGAGGGAUGGUCACUUAGAGCAAGAGCGGACAACUGACAGCCAUCAUGGAAAGCACAAAUAAAAGAGGCUUUUGACAGUGAUGUCCAUAAUAACAUGUCCUUGGACUGUUACAAGAGGACAACUGUGUGUUUUGAUUGAUGAUUUCUUUUGCAGGAUAUUUCACAUAAUGGCCUUAUCCUAAUAGUGCCUAUUUUUUAGUCCUCGAUUCUCUCAACAAUCUCUGUACUGUUUUGCAAACCUAUAUGGUCAAAUUUUACAAAACUGACCAAAUGACCUGAUGUCUGUAGGAUCGCUGCUUUGCAUCUCAUGUUAAGAAACCAUUCUUGCAAAAUUGCUCUGUUUCCUUGUAGAGCAUCACUGAUAUUAGAUACCUAAUAAAUUUAAUAUCUCCUAUGCAGCACAAGGGUUGACAGUUAACAUGAUUGGAACUAACAACAUAUUUAAUUGUUAGGAUGAUGUAUAUUUCUUUAGAGGUGGUAAGGUAUUAAAGCAGUUUUAGAGAGAGAAAUUCAAUGUUUUUUUUUUUGUUUUUGAAAAAAUCAAAAUCUUUUUUUUUCAUUUUUUUUUCAAAGUUUUAUUUGUUUGUUUGCAUUGCAUUAGAAAAAAUUGCUGAAGCACAAUCAGAGAGAGGUUUCAUAUUCACCUGUAAGAAGCAAUUGUUAUGCAGUUUGUCAUACUUUAAACUAGUUUGUUUUCUUUAUUAUGCAAUUCAGAUCUUUGUCAUAUUUUUUGCUUAAUGUUUAUGUAAAAGACAUGACAUUUCUAAUGUAUCUGCAUUAUAGACUUCAACCUUAAACAUCUCUAAUGCAAGAGAGUAAGUGGCCUUUAGUAUCAAAGAAAUUGCCUUGACUUCAAAGUUUUACAAUUUAAUGUUUUAUAUAACCAUACACAUUUUUUAAAAUUUUUUAUCUCAAAGUGUAUUUAAUGCAAAGUAACUCUAGUUGCAUAUUGUAACAACUCUGUAAGUACAAGAAAUCACAUGGUUCCAAACUUUAUAAGUGCACUAAAAGCAAUUUAGUUUGAAUAUUUAUAUAUAUUGGUAUUAAUCCAUGUCUUCUGAAGAAAUCUAAUCAAUUUUGGGUUCGAACAGACCAAAAUAUAACUCCUUUUUCAGUGUACAUCUUGCCAUUGCAAUCUCUAGGCACAAUCAUAAUUUCAAGCUUGAUUACACUUCCUAGUGCUUGGCGCAUUCGCAGAAUGCUAGAUGGCGCUAGGUGGUGUAAUCGAGCUGGAUCAUGAACACCAAGGAGACUGCUGAUGUCAAGAUUUAUGGAAAAAGGAGUUAAAGUCUUGGUUGUAAAAUGAAAUGAGUCUGUUGAUAUGUUGCCACCCUGAUGUUUGUGAUGUUUGUUUUAUAUUCUGCUGAAAUCCUUCUUCAGGAUAUUUUUCUGGUUUAAGUUCAGGCAGGGAAUUUGUUAACCCCUUUGCUGUGUGUCAAAUGGAAAUGGCUUAUGUCUGAUGUGCACAAAUGCAUGAUCUCGAAUAAAAGCAUCUCUUGUACUACAACAUAACUUUCUUCCAUAUGAGUGAGUGAGCCAUAACUAGGGUGACCAUACAUCCUCUUAUUCCCAGACAUGUCCUCUUUUUUUGGACCUUAAAAAAGCAUCCGGCCCGGGAUUUCUAAAUUUUCGAAAAUGUCCGGGAUUCGGCUUUAGUUGCAUUAUGAUGUGCAUCUUCAUUGUGUGUUGCUUUAAGUCCCACCUUCUCACACACCAAUUGGUUGAUUAUAAGAUGCUUGCAGCAACUAUUGGCCAA